GCGACAGCAACUCCCACUCCAGCCCGUGGCAAAGAAAUGCGCGCAAACCUCUUGAACAAACUACGCGCACCACCCCUAGUCCACGCCUGGGAUUUCUGGCACGAUCGUCAAGACCGCACCACAUCUACAACCACUUCACCAUCAGCUCCUGCCACCACUUCUCCUACAGACAAACCAACAACCAACUACGAAGACAGAUUGGUACAUCUAGCUUCCAUCGCCGACGUCCGCACCUUCUGGAACGUCUUCAACAACUUCGACGUCUCGAGCUUGCCUCUCCGCGAUUCCGUCCACCUCUUCCACAGAAACGUGAAGCCUUUGUGGGAAGACCCUCGCAAUGCCCACGGUGGCUGCUGGACCUUCCGCGUACCAAAAGAACGCGCACCAGCAUUCUGGGAACGCAUCUGUUUGCUUGCUGUGGGUGAGAAACUGCAAGCUGCGGUGGAGAGUGAGAGACAGCAUUUCAGAGAUGACAUCUGUGGUGUUAGUUUGAGUGUUAGGUUUACGAGCGUCUUGGUGCAGGUGUGGAAUAGGGAUGCUGGUCAUCAGGAGGGUAUUCAGAGGUUGCUGGAGACGGUUUUUGCUAAUUUGGAGCCGGAGCUGAUGCCUAGAGAGAAUGGCUUUUAUUACAAGCCGCAUCACGAACAUGCAGCUUUCGCGGGCGGCAAG